AUGGGAUACCCGGGCAGAGCAGUGAGAGGAUGGAGAGGGUGGAACGGGUGGACGCUCCUGGUUUGGGUCGCCGCUGUCAGCUUGGCUGUGGCGGACGGACGGAGAGUGAGGCAGCCCAGAUGCCCCGCCGGAUGCACCUGCACCAAAGAUAACGCCCUGUGUGAGAAUGUCCGAUCCGUGCCUCACACUUUCCCAUCCGACGUCGUUUCACUAUCUUUUGUCAAGUCUGGAUUUAAUGAAAUCACAGGAGGGAGCUUUGUUCACACGCCUGCCCUGCAACUGCUAUUGUUCACAGCAAAUUCAUUCGACCUUAUUGAUGAGGAUGCGUUCCUGGGUUUACCACAUCUUGAAUAUCUAUUUAUUGAAAACAACAAAAUUGCAUCGAUAUCCCCUUUUGCUUUCCGGGGCCUGAAAGCACUGAUACAUCUGAGUCUGGCUUACAACAACCUUGAGACGCUGCCCAAAGAUGUCUUCAAGGGCAUGGACGCUUUGACCAAAGUGGAUCUACGGGGCAACAACCUGAUAUGCGACUGCAAGCUGAAGUGGUUGGUGGAGUGGAUGCACCACACUAAUGCCACCCUGGACCAGAUCUACUGCAGCGGUCCACCCGUUCACCAGGGGAAGAAGCUCAACGACCUGCUGCCACACUCCUUUGACUGCAUCACAGCGGAGUUUGCCUCCUAUCAGUCGCUGAAGUUUGAGUCCAUUUCAGUGGAGGCCUUCAGCUUUGGUGCAGAUCAGUAUGUUGUGUUUGCCCAACCGUUUGCUGGGACGUGCAGCUUCCUGGAGUGGGAUCACGUCGAGAUGACCUUCAGAACCUACGACACCAUUGAAAGCACCUCCACUGUGGUCUGCAAGCCAAUGGUGAUCGACAACCACCUCUUCGUCAUCGUGGCCCAGCUGUUCGGGGGCUCGCACAUUUACAAACGGGACACCUCCGCCAACAAGUUCAUCAAGAUCCAGGACAUCGACAUCCUGAAGAUUCGCAAACCAAACGACAUCGAGACGUUCAUGAUCGACGGGGAGUCUUUCUUCGUCAUCGCCGACAGCUCUAAGGCCGGAUCCACAACAGUCUACAAAUGGAACGGCAAUGGCUUCUACUCCCACCAGUCACUCCACCCGUGGUACCGGGACACGGAUGUGGAAUACUUGGAGAUCUCCAACAAACCCCACCUGAUCUUGUCCAGCAGCUCCCAGAGGCCUGUUGUCUACCAGUGGAACAGGAGCCAGAAACAGUUUGACCGCAGGACUGACAUACCAGACAUGGAGGACGUCUUCUCUGUCAAGCACUUUCGGGUCAAAGGUGAGCUGUUUAUAUGCUUGACAAGAUUCAUCGGGGACUCCAAGGUGAUGCGCUGGGACGGCGCCAUGUUCAAGGAGGUCCAGACAUUUCCUUCCCGUGGCUCUAUGGUGUUCCAGCCCGUCUCCGUCGGCAACUGGCAGUAUGCCAUCUUGGGCAGCGAUUAUUCACUGACACAGGUCUACCAAUUCGACACCAAGAGGGGCCAGUUUGUCCCAUCUCAGGAGCUGAAUAUCCAGGCGCCUCGUGCAUUUUCUCUGGUUUCCAUUGACGACCGGGUGUUCCUGCUCGCGUCAAGCUUCAAGGGAAAAACUCAGAUAUACGAGCACCUCAUGAUCGAUUUGAGUAAUUAA